AACCUCUUUGUCCGCCGAGUCUAUAAAUAAUUCGCGAGAAACCGAGAUCCUGGAGAACGCGAGUCGAUCCCACGUCUUUUUCCAAACUUUAUCCAUCUCGUGAUCCGUUUCGCGUUCCUUCCUUCCUUCCUUCCUUCCUUCGUCUCGAUCAACUGUUUCCAAGGGAAGAGAAAGAGAGAGAGAGAGAGAAAGAGAGAUUCUUUGUUCGGUGGAUCCUUGGAUAACGCGGAUCGACGAUGCCUGAUACCGCUACUACCACCACCUCGGAUCCAUGGCGGAGGUAAAAGGUGCGAAAAUGUGAAAGGAGAAUUUUCUGGCCGUUUCGAGCUGGCCGAGGAUCGAGAGAGGAGAGGAGAAAGUGUCUCGAACGGGCAUUUUGCCUCUCGUGAUGACGCGUGGCCCGUGAUUUGACGAGAAUAGGAAAUUUUCGUGCGUACGUGUAUAUGUGUGUAUAUGUGCGUGCGCGUACAACGUCUAAUUAUAAACAUGUUGGGCUGGUGGACAGUGUCUACCGAUGAAGGUUCGUUUCCCCACAACCAUGUCGAAUGAACGGUCUCUGAACGAAUUCGAAUCGAACGAAAAGUUUGGAAAAGUCGACGCGGAUGAUGACAGAGCCGCGAUCGAUCGAGCAUGAAAUCGAUGGAAGGCGAAGGGACGCGAAGCGAAGUGAACAGUGAGCGUCUCGCGAAACAUGAACGGGGCCCUCGACCCGCUCGAUCCGCUUUGCAACCGGUCCUCCAUCGUCGCCAUUCCGAACGAUCGACAACGAAGAUCGCCUCCAACGAUUCAACUCUGAAUCAAAAACACAUCAACUCGAGAUUGAGAUGGAAAAGGUCGAGAUAUAGGUUGGAUUCCGUGGUACGAAUCGGUGGAUAAGCACGGGGCGAGCGGGGAGGAUACUCGUAGAAACUCGAGGAGGAGUUUCUAGAAGCGACGUCAUCGAUGUAACGGCCGACAGCGAGACUGUUUAUCGUUGGCCUGUCCUUCGUUGACACCGAUUAAACGAGGCACAGAGCGACGCUUAUUGAGCGGAUCACUUCCGAGCGAGCUGGCAGACGAGGACUGGCAUCGACUACGCUCCUGUCGAUGCCACUUAGAGCGGUUUGCUGCCACCUGCCAGUGUCGGUGACGCGCGAGUGCCUCUCCUUCCCGCAUCUUUUUCCAAUUCUUCCGUAUCUCGAACGUAUUGCUCUACUUUUUUUCCCACGAUUCGCGCACUCGGUGAACCGUGCGCGGGUGAUCGAUUCGAAGGUGAAAUUUUUCGAAUAAGAGAAUCUUACGACAGUGACCUUGUACAGUGAACGAUCCUCUUCGACUCUCGGCCUCGUUACGCGUUUCGAUUCUCCAGGAUUCUCCACAGCUCUCGAACUCGAUUUUUACGAAGAACAAAGAAGACAUUCGUCGAGUGUCUAUCGCUUCUGCUAAAUUGGACUCGUUUAUACGUGUAAUUGAGACUCGGCGAGAUAAGCAUACUUACGAUUCUCGAUCGCUCUUCUAAAUCCCAAACGACAAACGGAAUCAUUUGUACGGUGAUCGUAACGUUCCCAAGCAUCGCGCGUCGUUCAAAGCAUCUUCGUUUCGACGAUCGGAUGAAGAACAACGCAAUAAUAAUAAUUUAUAGAAUAAUAAUUUUUUAGAAAUUCGCCUCGAUCUUUAAUUCGAAGAUUAAAGGAAAUCGGGUGAUCAGCCUCCUUUAUUCCCGAAGUCAUGUCUUCUCGCAAAGUUGAUCGCGAUCUCUCUCGAACGGCGAUUAAAAAUAUCCACGAUUCGAUUCGACCGACUCCGAUUUCCACGAAAUCGAACGAGACGUGGCUCUCGAUCGUUGAACGAACGUCUCGAUAAAGAAUAAUCGAAUCCCCUCCAGACUGACAAGGUCGGGCGGGGACGUUCACCGAUUCCUCGAGAUCCUCGCGGUGCGAAGGCUCGAUUCGAAAGAAGCGAGAGAAAGAGAGAGAAAGAGAGAGUAAAAAGGGGGAGGCGAGUCUGGUAGAAUUGGAAAAGGAGGAUCGCUGACCAACGCGUCGACGAGGAGGACGCGAACACGACAUUCUAGCGAGGCACUCUAGCAAGAAUAGAAUCGAAACGCCACGCGGCGCCACGAUUCCCUGGAACGAAGCCUCGCGAUCGUUGCACCUGCCGCUAUCUGUCAGCCGGGUAAACGCUGUGCAAAACCUUGGGGCUCGUUCGCCAGCUCCUCCAAGAGCAACGAGAGUGCAGCCUGCGUUUCGCUCGACCCUUCUUUCUCGCGGCAGCUGCGUGCGCGUGUGCGCGUGUGUGCGUGCUACGUUUCCUCCUCUGGAACCAGAUUUCUCCGCUCGAGAGCGGCGAAUUAAUUUUUCGCGACCGUAUCAAGGGUAAAGAGAUUGGACGUUAAGUGAGUCGGAGAUCUUCGAUGGCGAGGGAUCGAUGUAAAUAGUCGCGCUUUUUUACCAAGAAAAAAGGAUAAAUGGAUCGGUGAACGAAAGGAAUAAUUCAUCGAAUCCGCUCAACUUCCUGACGCAAGAUUGUUGAUCGAAGAAGCAAACUUACGAUAGAAUAAAAUUUCCAGAAAUAAAAUCUUGUCUGAUCGUAACCAUAUUCGUAACGUUGGAAAAAAAAAAUAAAAAAAAAAAAGAAACAUCAUCGAAUGGAACGAAGGUGUAUAACGUGAAUCAUCGGCCGUGUCUGCAUUAAUCGCACUUAAAUUUAUCGUGUGAUCGCAUCGGACAAUUUUUCCACGAAAAAUUGCCUUCUAUAAUAAUAACAAUAGUGGGAAGGAACGGGCGAGAGUCGAAGAGAGGAAAAUCCGAUUAAUCGACAAAAUACGAUCGGAAUCGACGCCAAGUUGGAGGACUCGGGUCAGCCUCGAAGCCACGCCUCGUCGCAAAAGGACGCGAACCGUCGAAAAGAAGCAAGCAAGGACGAUCGUGUGGAGGUGGCGCGAAAUCGGCGGCCUGACCACAGCCAAGAUCGAGUGACGUCAAAGCUUUUCGCUGGAAGCUCGGAAAGGAGGGGAGGAGAAGGAAGGAUGCGACCGGAUCGCUUUGCGCCUGCUGGAACCGUUAAAUAUAGCCGGAAGAAUUUCCCUGGCAUUCGCACGCCCCACCUCGUCCGCUUUGCUCGAUUUUCCUAGGCCGCGAUUUAUGCGAAACGAGUGCGUUUCAACCCCUCUUUCUCUUCCUCGUCAUCGUCCACGCUGGUGGAACGUCUACACCACGUAUCGAAACAGUACGAUUCUACUCGCAACGCUCGACCCUCUCCUCUCUUCGAGAUCUCUCAAAGGGUGAAAAAAAUGCUGAUCACCAAGUACACCACCAUUUUGCUCCAGUCCACCAAUCAGCACAUUCUCAGGAGCGAUGUCUUCCUGGAACCGUAUCUGCAGCAGCACGGAACCGUUCAGGUCGUCAGCUCGCCGAGCACGCCUCCGCCGAACCCGCUGCAGCAUCAUCAGCUCACCCAGCUGCACCAUGUACAGAGCGAGGAGUCGCUUUCCUCGGAAGGGUCGGCCACCUCGGGUGGAUCUUCGAGCUCGACGGAAGAUUCUGGCAGCGAGGUCGCGUGCGACAUCACUCUGAUCGAGAGGCUUAUACGCUCCCAUCCGAUCUGGUUCCUUCCUGGCAUCCAAAGAGCAGGCGCUUUCCACUUGUUGCAAGGCAAAGAGGAAGGGAACUUCGUGGUCCGGCAGUCGAGUCAGAGCGACACGAUGGCCCUGUCCGUGCGACUGCCACCGGGAAAGGGACCGUACAUCGAGCACUACCUGAUCCAAGCCAACAAGGGGAAGCUGAGCUUGGAGACUAGCGAGAACAGGUUCGACAACAUCCCCUCGUUGAUCGCCCACUAUUCUCAGUGCUGUGACGAAUUGCCGGUCCAAUUGACACUGCCAAGGGCGAUGCGCGAGGCCAAGAAUAGGCAACAGCUCUCCUCGUUGGCGCUUCUGGGUCAGGAAUUCUGGAGAUACCCGAUGGCGAAUCCAAAGCCACCGGAGAGCAGCAGCAGCAACACGUCUAGCUUGAGUAGCUUUCGAGGCGGUAACAACAAUUUGAACAAUAACAAUAAUAACAUUCACACUCCGACGACGGAGAGUAUCGUGCUAAAUUUAGCGCCCAUUUCAUCGCACGAAACACGAGGCUCGUCACCUACAGCAGCUUUGACGACCACGACGACGACGACGUUUGCGUCCUCGUUGCCUCGGCAACCUCGGCCAACACCACCGAACACCCUUAACCUGACAACCUUCAACGAGCCCCUGGAUCUGAAGAAAGAGAAACUCUCGCCAGGCGAGAAAUUAUCCCAGAAACUGAUCUCCCCCAACCUGGUUCAAAGCGUGAGAUGUCCCUCCCCUGUGGUACACAACGUGGAAAGUAACGUGCUUAGCCCGGUCCAGGAUACGAAAGUCAGCUUCGAGGCGAAAAGCAUUGCGGAGACGUCGAAAUCGACGGUUGUCGAACUGUCCAGGAGCAAAUUCUCCUCCGUUACCACCUCCAUAUCGAAUUUUCACCAAAACGUAUCGACCUUCAACAAUUUCUCCUGCACCACGUCGCCCGUGCUGCCUGAAAUCAGGAACAUUAUAGCGGAGAAUCAUUCGUUGGGGCAGAACGCGAAGACGCCUCCACCGCCGCCCCCGAGAUGGGCGAAACCCGGAAUCGGACAAAAUCAAAAUAACUUCAGCGUCACUGCUACGGUUACGUUCAAUCUGAAUCACACGAACGACGUCACCAGUUCGCAGAACACUCCAUCGGAUCCCAACACGUCUCUACUUAGCCCGCAGAGCGCCACAUCGAACAAAUCCCUAAUAUCAAACUUCUCCGUGAAGUCACCCCUGUCGCCGACGACUCCCGUGCUCUCCCCAAUGUCGAAGCUAGUCCCAAACACAGGCGCGAAGACGCCUAACGUUCUCUCGCCGACCACGCCAUCCAGCACGAGCAAGUCGAAGCGGAGGCGGGACCGGGAAGCGCGAAAGAACUCGCAACACUAUCAGGAAUCCGACAUCCUCGAGUCCUAUUAUCGAAGCUCCCCUGGAGACAAGAUAUCGGAUUACGAGGACAUCUGGAACACCACCGACCAGUCGAACCAUUCCACUUGGUCGCCGAACGACAAGUUGGCGAGGAACGAUGGACCCGCGAAUCCUCAAGAUCGAUUGAGAAAUUCGAACGACCGGCUGAUGGUCCCGGACAGGGUUGUAAACUCAGCCGAGAGAAAUUUCAACGAGCUACGACCGGCUACGAAUGAACAGUUGAUAGUGAGGAACGAUAGGAUGAUCGUGAGGAACGACAAGUCGAUCGGGAACGAGAAGUUGAGUUACAAGGAGAUGACCAGCCCCGAGUUUAGCAGCUUUAAACCUGUCCAGGAGGCGAAGUUCGUGGAGCAGAGCAACGGAUCGCCGGAGGAAACGGGAAUGGGAAGGAGACCUGACCUGUUGUCUCGUGUUUCAGGCAGCGCGAAUUCCUUGAACAGUCCCAGUACGGUAACGCCACCCAGGAAUAAACUAGGUUUAAUGCUGGCCAAGUCGGAGAGCAACAGCCCGUUGACACCGGAAUCGAAGCAAGGUAGCCCGUUUUAUGCGGAACCAGCGGACGCCAUCGCGCAAAACGCAGCGAUAAUACCGAGAAGGCGACCUAGGAACAAUCCAGCUACGAAUAAGUAUAGACACAGCGAGCCAGGGUGGCUGCAGACGCCCGCGGGUGCAAAUUCUAAUCAACUGCAUCCGAUCGACUGGGAGGAACCGGAGGAAACGGAAGACAAGACGCCUUUGAUCUCUUCUUCCGUCGAUAACCUGGCCAAACGGCUCGGUACUAAAGAGACGAAAAAGAUUCCACGUGCCAAGCCUGUGCAACCACCAAAGAUCAGGACCAAGGUGUUCAACGAUACUUCCUGGGCUGUGGAUUCCAGCUGGGAAUUUAUCGGCAACGAAGGGGACGAUUGCGAACCUGACUAUGACUGUGAUGCGGAUUACGAGGGUGAUAACGUGGCCAGAAAGUUUCCGGACGAGGAGUGUGAUAGGGACGUUGUUGGGAACACUUUAACCGUUCAGAGUAUCAUCCUCCAACGGUACCCAGAGUUGUUGAAACCGCCGGACACGUCGGAGUCGCUUUACAGCGACAGGAACUCCUCGUACGACAACGUGGAGAAGAGGAACGUGGAGAGGGAAGAGGCUGGAGACAGCAGAAAGGACCAAAUCUAUGACUCCUCCGAAUGGGAGACGCCAUUGGAGACAGACGAAAGUGACGUGGAGAGGAUGAAGAGGAACAAGAGCUUCAAAGAGCGUUUGGAUCCCCUUCUCUCCCCUCCAAGAUUGCAAGCCCUUAGAAACCGUGACAAUGGAGGUACAGGCUCGAGCAUAAGGUCAUACGCCCUUCAAUUAGCAGCGGACAAGACGACCACAUUCUCCCAAAACAUUGACAAUUUUAUCCAAUGCACGAAGGAAGGGAAAGAAGCCAGCCCACACGUGGUGAUGAGAAACAUGCGACAAUUUAUGUCUGGAAUGAAGAACUACUUGGUGAAACAUGGUGAAAGAGAAUUCGAGAAAGAGGUGGAGAAAGAAAGGCUGAAGCUGAAGCCAAAUGAAUUCUUGAAUUUGGACGCUAUUUUAGAAGGCGUGAUGAUGGGCUUAGUGGUGAGACCGCUCAGAGAACACGUUUAUAGACUGUUUGUCGAGCAUUACGCGGCUACUGGUUCAUUGCAAACCCUCGCCGAGAGCAUCCAGCACGCCCAGGGGAAACACGUCCAGGAUCUCGGUGUUCGACCAAAGAUUAUACCCCCAUCGGAGUCGAGUUUAGAGCGGAUCCUCAAAUACAUUGAUCGUCUUCAAAAAGCGGAUUCGCCUCUAGACAAAUUGGAAAAUCUUCUAGCAGCCAUUUCAGCGAUUUUCAACUCCGUAAAGCACGCAAAUUCUGGCAGACAUGUAACGCUGGGCGCAGACGAUCUUCUUCCCCUUCUAGUUUGGGUAUUGGUUCGUGGCAAGGUUGUGGACGCUGAGGUGGAAGCUGAGUACAUGUGGGGUUUGCUUCAUCCCUCUCUUCUCACUGGUGAAGGGGGAUAUUAUUUGACGACCUUGUCCAGCGCAGUUCACGUUUUGAAGACGUUCAAGUCCAGCCAGGGAACGAUGUCCACUUUAAAUGGUUGUGGAACACCAGACUGUUCAUCCGUACUACGAAUUUUAGUACCAGAUGAACUGCAUGGAUCCCUGAACACCAGAACGCUACCUGUACGACCAAAUAUGAACACCAGAGAGAUUUGUCGCAUUCUCGCACAUAAAAUCAGAUGCACCAAUCCUCAGGACUAUGGAUUGUUCAAAUUGGUCCAAGGGGAAGAAACCUUACUCGGCGACCACGAGUGUCCACAAGAGCUCUCUCACUGCCUUUUCGCUUACAAGCGAAUUGACGCAAAGAUAGCCUGGCCGAAAACCAGUUCUUAAUAGGCCUUGCGAAUAGAAGGCUACUUAGGGGAAACGAUAUCGAUUUCGUGGUGACAAGGCUAAUAAAUUUGAAGCACCUGUCUUUAUUGUUAUUAUUAGUUUCGUACUAGCACCGUGUUUUUUUUCAAUUGUUUCAUUCUUUAUAUCUUUACACGUAUAUUUGAAUGGAGUAUCGAAUUUUCCAAUCUCGAGCACAAAUCUUUUAAAAUGUAUACUGCCAGAUAUAGGUAACUUUCGACUGAUCACUGUAAAAGAAGAAGAAAUUGAAAGUGACCAAGGUUUAACUUAAGAAAAAAAGGCGAUGAAUCACGAUAACGUAGAUCUAUACUCUUAUUAUGAUAUUUAAAUUAUUGUAAUCGUCAUCAUUAUAUUGGUUAUUUCUUAAUAUUAAAAAGUACUGCCCAUUUAUAUAUAUAUGAUUAAUUUCAGAAAACAGAUAUUUUUAGCUGCGACGAUCCAAAGAUAUUCUAAAUUAUGUAGCUAGAGAGAGUGAUUAAAGUGCAAUCUAGUAGUGCAAUGUCUAGCUAGAAACGAUCUCAAAGAAUGAUUUUAUUGAAUGCAGCUGAAAAAUCCAAUCGAAAUGGCAGAAUGCGAUCGAAUGAACAAUAUUCAAUCGCAUUUAAUUUACUUGCAAGCAGGUGCUAGAGAAUCGAAUCGGGUGAAGCGGAGCUUUAACUUCGCGCAAUUCGGUUCGUUUGUUAACACUGAACACGAGAUCGAAUAAAUUUCCGCCAAACGACCGUUUCUCCUUCGUAAAAAUAUAAAAACGAAGAAAAAGAAUCGUGUAUUACUCAGUAUUCGAUAUUUUGCGAAACUCUACGAUAACGAAGUUACUAAUUAAGUCUCGUUAGUAAAAUAGGAUUCGAAUCGAAGGGGUUACUGAAAAUUUCUCACAUUAGAAAAGAAAAAAGACAAAAUUUUUAGUCUUUUACUUGGAAAAAAUAAAUUAUAAGUAUUCUUCCACUUCGAAACCUACUUUACAAGAGGAUAUUAUACGUUUUUUACGGGAUGAAAUCUCUAAAAUGGAACAACCAAAUGUCUCUCUCAUGUUUUUAAAUUUUAUUGCAAAUAAUAUUACGAAAUGAAGUUAUAGAUAUAAUUAUUAUUAU